UUGGGAGGCUGUCAAGAGAAACAACACUAAAGAACUGCAGGGCAGCCCAGGAAAGGCUGAAGAAGAGCAGCCGGAGAAAGAAGGAUGGGUAAAAGUAAAACCUCUGCCCUCCCAGAACGUCAGGCCCAGGAUGGUCAGGUUUGGGACUCCGUGAAGAAAACAGCCUUUGUAUUGGGUACUGGACUUCUUAUCUUUGCUGCUUUCAGGAACACAGUCACAUGGCAUCUACAGCAUUUUUGGGGUGCCUCUGGCGAUUUCUGGCAAGCCCAGUGGGGAAAGCUGCACAACUAUUUUGGGGGCAAUGAACUUGUUUUAUACUUUCUGGGGGUCGUGAUAAUUCCCAGUCUUUCCUUUUGGAUGUACAAUGCAAUCCUGAUGAUGAUUGACUUGACCGGAAAACCAAGCUUUUUAACUCAGUAUAAAAUUCAACUUGGAAAGAAUGACCCGGUGGAUCCAGCCAAGCUCAAACAUGCAGUCAAAGUUGUCUUGUUUAACCAGUUCUUCCUAUCCUUUCCCAUGGUUUUCCUCAUGUAUCCAUUCCUUAAAUGGAAGGGCAACCCAUGUGGUACGGAGCUGCCUACAUUUCACUGGGUACUACUAGAAUUGUCAGUCUUCGCGAUGGUUGAAGAAAUACUUUUCUUUUACUCACACAGAUUGCUCCAUCACCCAAGCCUUUACAAACAGAUCCAUAAAAAGCACCACGAGUGGACAGCACCGAUAGGAGUAGUGUCACUGUAUGCUCAUCCAGUGGAACACAUUCUUUCCAACAUGUUACCAUCCAUGGUUGGGCCAAUGCUGAUGGGAUCCCACGUAACUACCAUCAUGCUAUGGUUUAGUCUUGCUCUGUUUGUCACCACCAUAUCACAUUGUGGGUACCACCUUCCCUUCCUGCCUUCCGCAGAGUUCCAUGACUUUCAUCAUCUCAAAUUUAACCAAUGUUAUGGAGUACUAGGAAUUCUUGACCGACUGCAUGGCACAGACCUGAUAUUCAAGCAAACCAAGGCCUAUGACAGACACAUAUUACUACUGAGCUUAAUCCCUCUGACUCAAAGCAUUCCUGAUCCACCCAAGAAAACAGAAUAACAUCCUGGUGGACUUUCCUUUACCAAUACUGGAAUUGUAUGGGUUCUGUAUAGGCAAAUACCAAAGUGCUUUCAUUCGCUUGGCUGAGUUCACACUUUGGGACAGUAGUUUUUCUGUAGCCAUUUUCUAGCCAUUACCAGGGUCGGGUCCAAACAUUUACAAGUCCAUUUUUAAGGGUGAAUAAUGGCCAUCAAAAUUUUGUCCAUUUUCAUUGCCUGACAGCCCUCAUACAAGUCAAAGGAGC